AUGACAACAAUUGAUCCAAAAGUUGAAACUGGGAAGUUGUUACCGAAAGCAGGUGCGGGUCUUUCGAAGAAGUCUAGGACUACAAAGAAGCCUGAGAUCAUCAUUCCCAAGUCAAUAGUUAAAGAAACGAAGACAUCAAAGUCUCCAAAGACGAAGCCUAAUAAGAUAGUUUCAAAAGCUGUGACAACCUUUGUUGAACCUAUUGUUACGGAACCAGCUUUAGUUACCAUUCCUUCGAAGUCUGGAGUUCUUCGCAGAUUACAACUGAGGUAUGGUGGUUCUCCUACUUCGAAUGUGGUUCACAAGCCUUAUAUUACUCAUCAAGGAGUAGUUAUGCGCGAAGUCCUAGCUCCAGUUUCUCCUCACUCAAAGAAACGAAGGGCUGAGGAUAUGGCCAAGAAGCUUUCGAAGAAAAAGAAGAAGACAAAGAAGAGGCAGUUAGUAAUUCCAAUGGAAUAUUUCGAAGAAGAACAAGUUCCUGAAACACCUGAACUCGAACCUAUUAUAGAGCCUACUUCUCCUGAGAAGACUGUUGUCAUACCACCCGAAGUUUCGUCUGCCAAAUCAUUUCAUGAGGAGGUACGAACUUCAGGCAUCACUACAAACAUAUGUGAUAUGGAUUACCUUUGUUUCUUUACCUCUAUUCAUUAUCCCUACUACUUCCACCACUUAUUCACCAACCUUCCAAAACAUCAUCGACCAACCUUUUUCAUCCAUUUUUCAUCUCAAUCCACUGAUCCACCAAAACCGAAUGAUGAAUCUAAAAAUGAUGAAGGAGGCUUUGGCGGUACUUUUGACGAUUUGGCUUUUCAUGAAGAUGAGGAGGAUUUCCCUAAUCAUAUGCUCAUGUCUAUGAAACAAUUCAAAAUAUUGAAUAAAAAGCUGAAUUCAAUUAUUCAGUCUCAAGCAGACAUGGGAGGAGGAAGCUCAGUGUCCACUUUCGAAAUUGAUGGCCUGAUGAAGGCUUGUGAGGCACGAAUGGUGAGUAAGAUAUCCGGUAUGAUUAAAGACUCGGAGAUCAACCUAUUGGAGAAGAUAGAUCAUACUGAUGAGACAACAAAGUUGAGGACAAAUUUCUUCAAUUCAAAAUAUGUAGGAGAUGUUAAAGAGCUAACAAAUGUUCAAAAAGAACGACAUACUCUGUUCGUAAUGGAUGUGAAGAAGGUGAGAGAAGAUGUAAAUUUGAAUCUUCGAGAGCUUCGUGAAGACAUGGUUCAUGAAGUUGCUGUUGUUCAGAAUGAUUAUGCCACUCUGCAUAAGAAAGUCGAUAUCAUUUGUGAUGCUAUCACGAAGUAUGUUACGUUGUAUGAAAGCUUGAGUCCUAGAAUUACUCAACUUUAUACAAAUGACAAUCAACAGUUUGGCAUGGUUAUUUCGAUGCUCAAAGAUUAG